AUGGAGGACGAGCUGAUGUUCAGCAUGGACAACGAGGGCAGCGGCACCAGGCCUUCGGACAAGAAAAUCGCGCCCAAGCAGCGUGUAAACUCGCUCACUGAUGACAACGAUGCAGAGGAAGACGAGGCCUUCAUCUGUUCCAUUCUUGACGACCCAGUCCGAGAGGUCUGCCAGUACAUGCAGAACAUGGUCAACAACCGCCAGCUGUCGGACUCGCUACCUAAGAGCAACUUCUUGUACCGGAAUCAAACAGAGCAUGUGGCGGAAGGUUCGUACCAGGUUUUGUCUGAGAGUGCACGGGAGACGUGGAUAAACGCUGUCAAAAAGGCCAAAGCUAUGCCAGACCCCUGGGCCGAGUUUCACCUUGAAGAUAAAGAGACCGAAUCAUGCUUACGUUACAGGUAUAAUGCUGUCACAGGCGAGUGGGGCCAAGACCAGGUCCACAUCAAGAUGGCUGCACAGCCCUUUGGGAGAGGAGCCAUGAGGGAGUGCUUCAGAACGAAAAAGCUUUCAAGCUUCUCACAUAGCAGCAACUGGAAGUCGGCUUCCAACUAUGUGGCCAAGCGCUACAUGGAGACCGUGGACAGAAGCGUCUACUUCGAGGACGUCCGCUUACAGAUGGAGGCCAAACUCUGGGGUGAGGAGUUCAACCGCCACAGGCCUCCCAAACAGGUGGACAUCAUGCAGAUGUGCGUGUUGGAGAUGAACCAAAGGCCGGGCAAACCGCUCUUUCACCUAGAGCAUUACAUCGAGGGCAAGUACAUUAAGUACAACUCCAACUCGGGAUUUGUGCGGGACGACAACAUCAGACUGACGCCGCAGGCAUUCAGCCACUUCAGUUUUGAGCGUUCGGGCCAUCAACUGAUUGUGGUGGACAUCCAGGGCGUAGGUGAUCUUUACACCGACCCGCAGAUUCACACAGAUAGGGGAACUGAUUUUGGCGACGGGAAUCUGGGUGUACGAGGCAUGGCGCUUUUCUUCCACUCCCACUUGUGUAACAAGAUCUGCAAAAGCAUGGGUCUGACGCCUUUUGAUCUGUCCCCGGCCGAGAGGCAGCAGCUGGACUGCACCAACAAACUGUUGAAAUCAGCAAAGACUGUGCUGAGGGGCUGUGAGGAGCAGUGCGGUUCCCCCCGCGUCCGUACCAUGUCCGGCAGCCGGGUGCCGCCGCUGCUGUCCCGCCUGUCCGAGACGUCGUCGGUGGACGAGAGCAUGAGCGACGUGGACUCGGUGCCGUGCUCCCCUCUGGUGGCGCCUCAUGGCUUGGCGAGGUCUCCGGCUGGUUUAUCCUUUACUGGAAUGUAUGAACACGAAAGACUGGACAAUGCAGGGGAACACGGGGAGUCGGACAGUGGCGGGGACAGCGGCUACCCCAGCGAGAGGAGGAGUGAGGGGGACCCCAACGACCACGCAGAUGGGGCUCGCCACCGCUACCAAAGACAUUAUUCCGAGUCGGACGAAGACAGUGUCAGACGGCUAACAGAGGAGAAGUGGAGCUUCUUUCACUCAUCGCGGGCUCACGUGCACAGAUCAUCCUGCGUGGCCACCGAGGUUGAACGACUCGAUUCUCUUCUGCAAAAGCGCAUCGGUCAGUCCAUCCUGGGAAAGGUGCACCUAGCCAUGGUGCGCUACCACGAGGCCGGACGCUUUUGCGAGAAGGACGAGCAGUGGGACGAGGACUCGGCUAUGUUCCACUUGGAGCGAGCGGCACAAUGCGGCGAACUGGAGGCCAUCGUGGCCAUUGGACAGUGCUGCCUGCAGCUGCCCCACCAUAUCCUGCCCAACAUGGAGCUGGAGGAAAACGCAGGAAACAGGAUGAAGGGCUUUAAGUAUCUCCUGCUGGCUGCCGAAGCGGGCGACAGAUCUUCAAUGAUCACGGUGGCCCGAGCUUUCGAUACAGGUGUUAACCUGUCAGCAGACAGAAAACAGGACUGGGUGGAGGCGAUCCGCUGGUACGACAAGGCGUUAAAAAUGGACGAACACGACGAAGGCGGCGAGUUCGACGGCAUACAGGACGAGCCUCGCUACCUCCUGCUGGCCAGAGAGGCCGAGAUGUUCCUGGCGGGGGGCUACAACCUUGCCGCUGACCCGCAGAAAUCAGGUGACCUGUUUACCGAAGCAGCAGAAGCUGCCAUGGAGGCCAUGAAAGGGCGCUCGGCUAACCAGUACUACAUGAAAGCAGAGGAAGCAUGGGCGCUGAUGGAGGAGUAA